AAGCAUUUUUCUCUCAUGGGGGUCGCAGUCUAUAACAUCUCAGCUUCCUCCGCCAGGGUGAGCUGGCCGCCGUUGGCCAGCUGCCUGGACACCUUCUACAGCGUCAUGUACAGCCCCAACUGGAACAGCCUGCUCAUGGCCUUCAAGCGCAAGAGCUUCAUGCACGAAGAGCGCAUCCCCGUCAGCCAGACCGCCACCCACCUGGCCAACUUGCUCCCGCAGACCACCUACUUACUGUGUGUCACGUGCCAGGCCGCCAACCCGGCGCGGGAUCAGUGCCAGGCGUUCAUGACGCUGAACGACAAUGGCGAGGGGCAGGACCGGGCCGGCUGGGAGCUGGGCACGGGCGCCUGGCUGACCUGCUGCCUUUUGCUGCUGGUCAUCGCCGCCGUCCUGCUGUGGGGGUGCCUACACGGCGCCUGCACGGGUCGGGGGGGCGUCGGCGGGGGACGAGGAUGCUCGGUGGUGACCGACGCGGUCCGGUCGGGUCGCUCCUCGUCCGGCCGGCUCUACACGCCCAGGGGCAGCUGCGAUAACGGCGACCAACGCGGCCUCCACGAGCUCAGGACGCUGGCUCGGCUGUCUGGGAGCGAGCCAGUUUGAGGCAAUUGGAUUGAGGUCAUCACCAUAUUGUCUGGCCCAACGAAUUAUGGUGUAUUGUAUUAUAGAUUAUUAUGAAAUCCUGUGUGUCAGGAAAUAAAACCUA